CUUCACCUCUGCGCCACUUCGCUAUGGCCUGCUAUCCAAGACUUCCAUACCCUGAUCAGACAGGCCUCAACGGUCAGUUGAUUGGGUGGACUCGAGUGGGCAAUUUCACCGCCGUGGCGACGCUCCUGGAAGAUCCAGACGCAGUGGAUUUGCCCAGGCAUGGAGAGACGGCACUCCAUGAGGCAAUUAGGUAUAAACGACUUGACUUGCUCCGGUACCUGAUCGGUCGUGGAUUCGACGUCAAUCAAAAAGGUCCUGACGCAUAUGGCGCAAUUUGCUUAACACCUCUGCACUUUGCAGCCGUAGGGAAUUCGGCUGAGGCGGUGGAUAUUCUGCUCUCCGCUGGGGCCGAUGCCACUGUGGACGAUGCUUCAACAGAUGGGUCGUCAACGCGCGGCGUAUUCUCAACGGGAGAGGACAAGGGGCCGCAUACACCGUUUCUGGCUGCAGCAGUCUGGGGCUCUGACGCCGUGGUGCAACGCUUGAUCGACCGGCUGCCUCCAGGCACCAUUGCUGAUCACGAAUGGCCCCUGGCUUUGAGUGCAGCCUCGUUGUAUCGCCAUCCCAAAGCUCUGGUCGCCAUCCUCCGUCACUACCCCGCCCCGAUGGUACCACAAGAGAUACUUGACCGGGCUUUGGCGGAGGCUGCCGCGAAAGAGGACCACAACGCUGAUCUUGCGAUGUUUCCGGCUCCACCCGAGGAAUCGUGGCAAAGGGGGCUGGAGGCCGUCCAACUCUUGCUCGCUCAAGGGGCUCGCCCGAAUCCACAGCAGCCUUCAUUACCCCCAUCCAUCUAUCGAUCCUCUAGGGUCAAGCCACGACCGAUUAUCGAAGCGGUCGUUGAGACCUCCAUGGGCAUGGAGAUGCUUCAGAUGCUCCUCGACCACGGCCUGGAGCUCCCUCAGCCUUCCUCCACCGCGAGAAAGCCAGGAGAGCCUAGUCUCUUUGCCCGGGCAGUGCACAACGGUAACCCCGAUCUGAUUCACUUUUUCCAUGAGUACCAAGCAGCCGUGCUAGAUGUCAACGAGGAACUCCCCGAAACGCACCUAUGGACGGGCGGAUCUCUGCUCCAUGCCGCCGCGAAAAAUGGUCGUCCCGAGACCGUCCAAUUCCUGCUGAACCACGGAGCGGACCCCCUGCAGAUGAAUGGUAAGGGGUGGCUCCCCAUCCACCAAGCGUGUCAGCAGCGCCAUCUCCCGGUGAUUGAGCUACUUUGGCCGUGCAGCAGCAGCUCACCCGCCUUUCCAGACCUGGCCAACUAUCGCACACGAGAUGGACACACGGCGUUCCACCUUGCCAAGUGCUGGAGCGCUGCCGACGAUCCCGCGGUCGAGGCGCUUAGCAUGCGCCUCUUCUACUUCUUCAAGGACAAAGGCGCCGAUCUGAGUAGUCUGAAUACCCAUGGAAAAAGUAUCCUUCACUACAUUCCGUUCUAUGAUGAGGAGCGGUUCUGCGCCAUCAUGGAGGCAGGCGCGAGGCUGCGACCUGACGCUGAGGGCCAGACAGAGCUUCACCACAGCAUGCGCGAGCCAGACUGGGAGUUGCUUGAUGUUAAAUUCUUGUUACGGCAAGGCGCCUCCAAGGAUAUCAAUGCGCAGGACAACAAGGGCCGCACCCCGCUAUAUUUCUACCUGGAAUGGAAUUUCUAUGUUCCAGGCGAUGAGCAACAAAUGCGGGCGGAGGUUGUGGACCUCUUGAUGGAGGCCGGGGCGGAUGCAGAUAUCCCUGCGGCAUCCGGGAAGACUGCUAGGGAUGUUGCGAAGGCCAAGAAAUUUCCGUAUGAUUUCGACAAAUGGAAAACUGAGGGGUAAUUGAUUGGAGACAUAUGGAGCCAAUACAUCUAAAGAUACGGGUCUAGCUCUCGGCCGAAAAAGAAUCUAUGUCUCGAGCAGAUGCCGGUGACCUUAGAUUGUGUCAGUCCAAUACCAUUGAGAAGCAGGAUCUGAGAGUGGUACAUGGUCGGUCACUCCAUCGGUGACCGCGGUGGGUGGACGGGACACGGUAUACAGAGCGAGGAGGUUGUUUGUAUGUCAUUGGGCGGUAAAUAAGAGGC